AUGGACACUCUGGAUGGUAGUCGGACACCUGACAGACACUCUGGUGGACAGACAGACACCCUAAAAGACGGCCCAAGAGUAACCGAUGUGGUGAUAACGCGCGCCGAGUCCGAGAAGCCCGGGAAGCCCAAGAAGGAGAAAGGUCCCAAAGCCCCCAAGAAGCCCAGAGGCUCCAAGAAGGACAAGCAGAAGGAGAAACCCCCCAAGAAGCCCAAGGAGAAGCCGCCCAAAGGCCCUGCCGAUGGGCCCAAGGGCUCCAAGAAACCCAAGGAAAAGCCGCCCAAAGCGCCCAAAAAAGGGGCGGGCGGGAAGCAGCCCAAGACACCGGCCGUGCUGCCCGAGGAGGGGCCCGAAGGGCCGCGACCCCCCCCACCGCCGCCCCCCCGGACUGAGGAGCCCGCCGGACCCCCCCCGCGGCAGCCGCUUUGGCCCUAUGAGGAGGAGGAGGAGGAGGAAGGAGGCGGGCGGCGAGAGCUGCCGGAGGAGACAGAGCCGCCCACGCUGGACUACAACGACCAGCUGGAGCGCGAGGACUAUGAGGACUUCGAGUACAUCCGUCGGCAGCAGAGACCCCGCAAGCCCCCGAGCAGGCAGAAGCCCCCGCGGGUCUGGCCCGAAGCGGAGAAGCCGAGUGAGUCCGAGCCGCCACCGCCGCCGCCGCCGCCUGAGCGGGACUACGAGGAUGGCUUGGAGCGUCCCGACUACGAUGACCUGGACUAUGGGCUGCCACCUCUGCCGCCACCACCACCAGCAAAGCCSGAGAAAUACCCGGAUAAAGAGGAUGAGAUGGAGACGGAUGAGGAGAAACUCAAGCUGGGGACGCACAAGAAGGGUGGCAGCAGCAAGGAGGAAGAGGAGGACCCCUGGGCAGAGGAGAAGGGCCGUGACCGCAAAGGAAAACCCAAAAAACCCAGUGGGAAGAAGUGGGACCCAGACGAGGACGAGCGGGCGCCUCCAGAGGAGAAGACAAAGUGUCCCCCCAUUGGGCUGGAGUCGCACCGCAUCGAGGACGAGCAGCUUCUGGCCUCGUCCAUGCUGCGCCACGGCCUGGGCGCCCAGCGUGGGCGCCUCAACAUGCAGGCGGGUGCCAACGAGGACGACUUCUUCGACGGCGCCUGGUGCGCCGAGGACGACGGGCGGACGCACUGGCUCGAGGUGGACACCCGCCGCACCACCAAGUUCACCGGCGUCGUCACCCAGGGCCGGGACUCGCAGCUCCACGAGGACUUUGUCACCCGUUUCUACGUGGGCUUCAGCAACGACAGCCAGACGUGGGUCAUGUACACCAACGGCUAUGAGGAGAUGAUGUUUUAUGGCAACGUGGACAAGGACACGCCGGUGCUGACCGAGUUCCCGGAGCCCGUGGUGGCCCGUUACAUCCGUGUCUUCCCCCGGAGCUGGAACGGCAGCCUCUGCAUGCGCCUCGAGGUGCUGGGCUGCCCGCUCUCCGGAAUCAGCAGCUACUACGCGCAGCAGAACGAGGUGACGUCCAGCGACAACCUGGACUUCCGCCACCACAGCUACAAGGACAUGCGGCAGCUCAUGAAGGUCGUCAACGAGGAGUGUCCCACCAUCACCCGCAUCUACAACAUCGGCAAGAGCUCGCGGGGGCUCAAGCUCUACGCCAUGGAGAUCUCCGACAACCCGGGCGAGCACGAGACCGGCGAGCCCGAAUUCCGCUACACGGCCGGGCUUCACGGCAACGAGGUGCUGGGCCGGGAGCUGCUGCUGCUGCUCAUGCAGUUCCUGUGCAAGGAGCACCGCGACGGCAACCCGCGCGUGCGCGCGCUCGUSGCCGAGACCCGCAUCCACCUCGUGCCCUCCCUCAACCCCGACGGCUACGAGCUGGCCCGCACCGCGGGCUCCGAGCUGGGCAACUGGGCGCUCGGCCACUGGACGGAGGAGGGUUUCGACCUCUUCGAGAACUUCCCYGACCUGGCGGCGCCGCUCUGGGCGGCCCAGGAGAGGCAGCGCGGCCCGCCGCGCCUCCCCGAGCAGCGGCUGCCCGUGCCCGAGCAUUACCUGGACGAGGGCGCUGCGGUGAGCGCUGCGGGGAGCGAGGAGGACGAGCGGCCCGAGGUGCGGGAGACGCCCGACCACGCCGUCUUCCGCUGGCUCGCCAUCUCCUACGCCUCGGCGCACCUGGCCAUGAGCGAGAGCUUCCGCGGCGGCUGCCACGCGCCCGACGCCACCCAGGGCACCGGCAUCGUGCAGGGCGCCCAGUGGCGCCCGCGGGCGGGCACCAUGAACGACUUCAGCUACCUGCACACCGACUGCCUGGAGCUCUCCAUCUACCUGGGCUGCGACAAGUUCCCGCACGGCAGCGAGCUGCGGCGCGAGUGGGAGGACAACAAGGAGGCGCUGCUCACCUUCAUGGAGCAGGUGCACCGGGGCAUCAAGGGGCUGGUGACGGACCAGCAGGGCCAGCCCAUCGCCAACGCCACCGUGCUGGUGGCUGGCAUGGGGCGCAGCGUGCGCACAGGUGCUGGUGGCGACUACUGGCGCAUCCUGAACCCGGGCGAGUACCGCGUGUCGGCCCGCGCCGAGGGCUACAACCCCGUGGUGAAGACCUGCAGCGUCCUCUACGACCUGGGCGCCACGCGCUGCGACUUCACCCUGGCGCGCUCCAACUGGAAGCGCAUCCGCGAGAUCAUGGCCCUGCAGAGCCGGCGGCCCCUGCGCCGCCCGGGCCUGGGCCGCCCCAUGACGCCCCGCGAGUACCUGCGGUACCGCCUGCGCCUGCGGCACCGCCUGCGCCAGCGCCAGCGGCUGCAGCGCCCCGAGGGCACCGCGGGUGGCCCGGCGCCCACCGCUGCCGUGGCCGUGCCCUUCUUCAGCAGCACCGUGGCCGUGCCGCGGAGCCAGGAGCCGCCCACCGCCGGGGCAUGGGCCACGGAGAGCGACGACGCGGUGGCCACGGAAGCGGCGGYGGGGACGGCGGCAGAGCCGGCGGGCACGGCCACCGCGAGGCCCUUCACCACGGCCGAGWCCUACACUGUGAACUUCGGGGACUAGGUGCUGGCGGCUCCCGGCGCGGCGGGG